UAUUUUUUUUUAUUGUUUACUUUAGUAUUUUUUUUGUAUAUUUUGUUAAUUAAACUUUCUAAAUAUUUAUUAAAAGUUAUAUUUUUGUUAAUUUUAUACGUUGAUUUAGUAGCAAAUAAUAAACCAAAUAUGUUGAAAAGUAAUAAUUUCAAUAGUAUUGUCGAUGAUUUAUCAGCAUUUAGUUCAGCCGCAAAUGUGGAGGCCUUAAGACCUACAACUUUAGAAGUGGACAGCACUGAUGAAUUGUUGGAGGAAGCCCAAACUAUUAAUAAUAAUAACAAUACAAAGUUUCAAACAAAUGAUAAUGCAAACGCAGUUUCAACAGAUACAGCGGGUGAGGCAGCAAUGCCGGAAACUACCUCCUUAGCAGCUUUACAACUAACAGCGGGAGUGUUGCAAUCUUAUGCUCCGCCCAUAGCCAAGGCCAGAGUACAACUUAAGGAAUUAAUACAAAAGCAAAAUAAAAUCUAUAUUGAUUUAUCGACGGAAAAGGUUAAAUUGGACAAUGCUGAAGUAGCCAAAUUGCAGGACAUGAUGAACAAUGUUAAAGUGUGCAGAGAGAAAUUGUUGAAAAUUAAAAAGCACAUGCAAAAUAUUUAUCAGCGUACGAAAGUAUUAAAGAAAAGAGCCAUUAAUAUACAAACGUGCAAAGAAAAAGAAUUACAGCGUAAAUUACAAAAACAGCAGCAGGAAGAAUCUUUAAUUGGCAAACAACCGCAAUAAAAUAUAAUUAAUUUAAAAAAAAUAAGACUACUAAAUAAUUUUUAUAUAAAAAAAAUCUAUUUUUAUAUAUAAAUAAAUUUUUAAUUGUUACCCAUUUUUUUAUAUAUUUAAAUAUAUUUAUAAACUUAUAACAAAUAUAUAUAUUAUACUAUUAUUUAAAAAAAAUAUAUAUUUCAAUUAGUUUAUUUAAUUAAAUUUUAUAGCUAAAAAACCUUUUAUAGAAAAAUUUAAAUAUACAAUUUUUCUGUUAAAAAAAAACUUUGGUGUUUUUUAAAUACAUAAAUAUGUUAUGAAAAAAAUGGAAAGUAUAAAAUUCAAACAACCACAUUCAAAAUUACAUUAAAUAAAAUUAAUAAAUUAAAUUAAAAAAAAUAAUGAAUUUAAAAUUACAAAAAAAAAAAAUACUUUAAAAAUGACCAGUUUAUACAUGCAGUUGCUUUAUGUUUAAAAAUUAUUAUAAAUAUUUUGUAUACUUAUAUAGAAAUUCGUUAGAUAAAUAUAAAGUUUUAAAAACAU